AUGGCUUCCAAAUACAAACGCUCUGUCAUUGUAACGGGUGGCACUAUCAACCUUGGAUACUACGCUGCUCUCAACAUCGCGCGUUCUCGUCCCGAUUACCUUGUUGUCAUUUCUUCGCGUUCCGACAACACCCACUCCGCCGACUCUAUCAACGAGAUCACCGGUCAGAAGAACGUCAUCUUUAUUCCUCUUGACCUGUUUGACCUCGAUGGCAUCUGGUCUUCCAAGGCCUAUCCACCCAUCCAGUCUCUCGUUUUAAACGCUGGUCUGCAAUUCCCCAAGCAGCUGCAGAUGGCCCCGUCUGGUCUUGUGGCCACCUUCGCCGUAUGCCACGUGGGCCAUGCAUUGCUCUUCCAUCUUCUAUGUCCCCAUCUAGCACCCAAAUCUCACAUUCUUGUCGUCUCUAGCAGCGGCCAUGACCCGGCGCAAAAGACAGGCAUGCCCUAUGCUUUGUACAAUACAGCAGAGGACCUUGCUCACCCGCCGCCAUCGAUGAUCAAGGUAUCUGGAAAACAGCGAUACACAACCGUGAAGCUUGUCAAUGUUUCAUGGGCGUACACUUUAGACAAGAAGCUGAAGGAGAAGGUCCCGGAGCGUGGGAUUGUCGUCAAUGCAUUUGAUCCGGGAACGAUGCGGUAG